GUUGGGUAUAAGACCACAUUUUCGCCGGCGUUAAACGAUUACGAGUGGGACGUGACAAAAAAGGACGGCGUUUUGUGCCAAAUUUGCAGAAAUUUUCCAGGCCAAAUCAGCUACGCAGUCCAACCAUGGCAAGCGGAAGGGAUUUCUUCGUCGGCGGGAACUGGAAGAUGAACGGGAGCAAGAGUAGCAUCAAUGAAAUCUUGCAUUUCUUGAAAGAAGCCGAGGUCCCUGAAAAUACGGAUGUGGUUGUUUCACCUCCCGCCGUGUACCUCAGCUACGUCCAAGAACGCCUCCCUGCAAAAAUCUCAACGGCAGCUCAGAACUGCUACAAAGUGGACAAGGGCGCAUUCACCGGUGAGAUCAGUCCAGCCAUGCUGCUUGACCUGGGGUUAAGCUGGGUCAUCCUGGGUCACUCGGAGAGACGGCAUGUUUUUGGAGAGAAGGAUCAGCUUAUUGGAGAAAAGGUACAACACGCUCUGAGUAAAGGGUUAAAGGUCAUCGCGUGCAUCGGCGAAACCCUUGAACAAAGACAGCAAGGGCAGACUCAGGAAAUUGUGUUCCAUCAGACCAAGGCUAUCGCAGAUAACGUGACUGAUUGGGAUCAAGUAGUGAUUGCAUAUGAGCCAGUGUGGGCCAUUGGAACAGGAGUCACUGCAACUCCAGACCAGGCACAAGAGGUGCAUUUACAGCUCCGGGGUUGGCUGGCAGAAAACGUCUCUGCAGCUGUGGCUAAAAAGACGAGGAUCAUCUAUGGAGGCUCUGUCAAUGCUGGUAACUGCCAGGAAUUGGCCACCAAGCCUGACGUGGAUGGCUUUCUGGUGGGCGGGGCCUCGCUGAAACCCGAUUUUGUCAAGAUCAUUAAUGCCAGGAAUUGAAGCUAUAAAACAAAAUGCCCACCGAUUGUUGGAGCUGUGAGAUGCAUGUUGCGAGUGGUAUUUAUGUGGAUAGAAUCCGCAGAGCUUAGGACAAGUUAUAAUUGAUAUAGGUCUAACCUUAGUGUGAUAGAAACCCAUUUGGACGUUUGUGAGUGGCGCCCCC